AUGGCUUCCUCCAACAGCUCCGGCCUCGAACAGGAGGUGACAGCGCCCACCAAUGUCUCUACGAGUGGGGACUCGUGCACUUGGUACGCGGGUGAAAGUUGCGAGAAGUCCCGCACCUGUUACGACUGUCUUAACGUCGGAGUCGUUGGAGAUUCGUGUGCUGUUGGAGUUUUUGGUCAAUGUUUGAGCAUUUCGGAGCAAAUCGCAGGCGAGGUCUAUUAUUUGGCGUCCAGUUCAUCCUAUUGUGAUUUUUCAGACGAAAUUUGCACUACUUGUCGCUCUCGAUGGCAGGAGGAAUAUGCUGCAAAAGGAGGAGACAAGUCUUCGACAGUUUGUAUCGGACAGAAUGGGUGCAUUUGCUUGGCAGUUUGCGAGCGAGAGACGAGAAAUUCGCUGGUGGUUCACAACAGAUGUCCGUCGUUCGAGAAGGCCAAAGUGGGCAGCAUUAUGCUGGUGAUCGCUAUGGGGGUGGCGUCGUUCAUCAUCUUCUCGAUGUUCAUCUUCUGCAUCAAAAAGCUGCUCAAACGAGCAUUACCCUGUACACCACCGCGUGGUCCGCAGUUGAGUUUGUCUGGAUGGAAAUCAAUGCGUGAGAGGCUAAUUGAAACGGAGAAAGACAAUGAGUCUUCAAGUGCUGGAGCUUCGGGGGUCAUGCGGAUUCAGUUGUCAGCGAGGGAGGACACGUCAUCAGUGAUUAUCGAAGAAGGAGAAGGUUAUCGCCCUGGAUCGCCCAGCGAGCAGUACCAAACUCAUCGCGGAGAGGAUAUUUCAUCAGAGCCUUUCACGCUGAGUCAGUAA